AUGACUGGAAGACUUUUGUUAAACAUUAUUUCCUGCCAGAGUCAUUGCUCCUCGGUGAACUCAUCAGUGACCUUAAAUGUUGAUAGAGUUAGAAAAUACAGAUCAAAGGAGUGGAUUUUGGCCCAUCAAGUACAAAAUAAAGAGGGAAAGUGGGAAAUUGACCCGAACGAUACAGAAGUUGUUGAAAUCGCAACAAAAGCUUUAGAGUACAUCGCAGAAGAGGAAAAAGGAAAUCUUUCUUUCGAACAGGGUGAGGAUGCCCUCACUAAAGCUAUAGGGAAAAAAGAUCAUCGUGGGCGUGUCAAGGGAACAGGUGGCAUGGUUGGUAUCAAAAAGGCUUUCGGUCCGUGUAAUCGACAUAGUAGACGUGACCAUGGUGAAGCUUCAUCAGAAAAUUACGAAUCAAUCAGAGCUUCUGUGAAAAAGGAGUUUGAAGGUGAAUUAGAGAAAAGGGUAGAGAAAAGGGUGGCAGAGGCCCUCCAAAAGCAACUAAGCACCUUGUUAAAAACAGGACAACUAAACUCCAUUUCUACCCCGAUACUUGAUGACCUCCACUUAAAUGAUUCUGCCAGAGUUGACCUUGAUGUUAGUGCUACAAGAACCACUCGUCACAUCUUAGUGCCGCAACCACGCGAGCUAAAGGUACGACGUAGUCACUCUUUUUUAACAUAGUUGCUUGAUCCUUUUAUGUUUUUAGUUGAC